UAGAGUUUAAUCUUAUUUUAAGACAAGAUGCUGAUUCGUCAUCAUUUCUCUUUAUGUUUCAUUCUCUUGUUCGGCAUUUCCAUUAGCAGCUUAGCUCAAGAUUUAGUCUACGAUUCGUCUGCUACCACAGAGUGCAAGCCAAGGCCUUUUAAGCCACUUUAUGGUGGUGGACUUCUGAAGGGUCAGAAGCCUAGCUACGAACCUAUCCAAAUUAAGAAAUGGGUGACAAUUACUGCACCUUCAUUCACAUUGCCUAAUCUUGUACCUGGUGUUUAUUAUAGUUUUUCCAGUUGGGUGAAGAUUAUGGGUGCUGAAUCUGCACUUAUAUGGGCAAAUCUUGGCUCACAAAAGAAUUGUGAAGCCACUGUCCUUGCUAAGAGAGGAUGUUGGACCUUUCUUAAGGGUGGAAUUUUCUUAACUCAACCUUUAAAUACAUCUACAUUGUAUUUCGAGGCAUUUGGUGGUACCAAGGGUAUCAACAUAGAUGUUGCUUCUGCUUCUUUGCAGCCAUUCACUGAGGAGCAAUGGAGGGCAAAUCAGCAAGCCAUUAUCAAUAGGGAAAGAAAACGUGACACUACAAUCACGGUGACGGACCAAAAAGGCAUCCCGUUACGAGGUGCAAAGGUUAAAGUGGAGCAAAUUUCAAGUGGUUUCCCCUUUGGAGUAGCCAUAUCCAGCAUGAUUACCCAAAAUUCACACUACCAGGAGUGGUUCAAGAAAAGGUUCACCGCGACAGUUUUUGAAAACGAACUAAAAUGGCCUUCAAAUGAACCCCGUCCUGGAGUUCUAAAAUACAAUAUAUCGGACCAAAUGGUAGAUUUUGUGACGAAAAAUAAAAUAAUGACCCGAGGCCACAACGUGGUGUGGCAGGACCCCACUUUUGUACCGUCAUGGGCUCGCAAUCUAACCCGCCCAGACCUGCAACAGGCCGUGGACCGUAGGAUCAACAGUGUGGUUGAUAGGUACAAAAACAAAUUCAUCCAUUGGGACGUGAACAAUGAGUUGAUACACUACGAUUUUUACGAAAGAAAAUUGGAGAAUCCAAACGCGUCCUUGGAUUUCUACAAGAAGGUGCAAGAGAUAGACCCCAAUGCUACAUUGUUCAUAAAUGAUUUCAAGGUGGUAGAACAAUGUGGUAACACAACAAAUGUGGAUUCAUUUGUGUCCAAGAUCAAGGAAUUCCAAGCAAAGGGGAUAGCAAAACCAGGAAUUGGGUUGGAAGGACAUUUUGAUAUCCCUAAUCCACCUUUCAUGAGAGCAGUGAUGGAUAAACUUGUCACCCUUAAGGUCCCAAUUUGGCUCACCGAGGUUGACAUAAGUGCUAAAUAUUCCAAGGAAGAGCAAGCAAUGUACUUGGAGAAAGUAUUAAGGGAAGGGUUCUCACAUCCCGCUAUAAAUGGUAUAAUUAUUUGGGCAGGUAUCACUCCUAAAGGGUGUUGGAACAUGUGUCUCACUGAUCUGGAGUUCAACAAUACAGUUGUGGGGGAUGUCGUUGAUAAGUUGCUUAAAGAGUGACGGACCGGAACAUUGACUGACUUAACGAAUAACCAAGGCUCUUUUGAGUUUUCGGGAUUUUUAGGAAAGUACAAUGUUACAGUUGAAAAUGGUUCGAAUAUUUUUAAGGCUACAUAUUCCCUCUCCAAAGGGGCCGGUCGUCAACAGAUCAAAAUCCAAAUGUAAUACAAUCAUGUACUACUAUUAGUUGGCUGCAAAUUUAUAAAGGAAUGAAACAUGCUCUAAUUUGAUCAAAUUAUGGACUUAAUACAUUCUGUAUGUUUCAAUUUUUCUUGAAUGGAAGAAAAUGGAAACCGCCAAGCUAGGAU